AUUCCUUGCCAGCAUAAAUCCAAAAGCUACAGUCCCAUCCCUUUAUCCCCAUUCCGGCUUCAUUGAACACCACAACAAAGUCUUCUUCUUCAUUGGAUUUUGCACAGAUUCUCCACUAAAUCAAUUUACCACCUCAGCACUUGCAGAUGAAUCAUUCUUCAACCCCUAUAAAUACGCACAAACAAAGCCUCAUUGAACAAGCAAAGAAACAUCUAAUUUGGCUUCAAAGAACUUCAUGGGAAAGCACAGCUGUGAAACUGGAGCUCUGCUCCAUUCCUCCAUUGCUCUGUUGCAAGAGCGUUUCAGAGAACUUCAGAGGAUUAGAGAGAUGAGGGAGAAGAGGGAGCUGCUCAGGUUGUUUUCUGAAACAAAGUGUAUGAGUUCUUCCGCUGCUUGUAUUCAACCGAGAUGGUUCUAUUAUCCUGAGUUGUGGAAUCCAUCAAAGCUGACGAAGUAUUGUCAUGAUGGAGGGGAGGGAAGGGAGUUACAGGAUGAAAAAGUUGAGAAAUUUAGUGAAGCAGAGAUUGAUACCUCUCUUCAUCUGUAAAAAGCUUGCUUUUUUUAAUUAUGUGUAUUUGGGUUGGUUGGCAUUGCAACUUUUGAUUUUGGAGUGAUUUCCAUAUAAUGUUGUGUUCGUUU